AUGGGCAAGGAGGUCUUGUUGCCAGACAGUGGCUCGGGCUUCUCUUCGAGCUCGAAGCUGCGCGAUGUGUUGAUCGACUCGGACUCGCUUGCGUCGGAGGUGAGAGUGAGCUCGCUCUCUGUGAUUGGCACGUUCGACGAGUCCGGGUUGCUUCUGGUGUUGAUGAUCUCUGACAGCUGCGACAUGGCAGACGAGCCGCGGUGGUUGGGCAUUAUGAGCGAGUCUGCGUCCACGUUGUGUUUUGUUUCCGACUCUGUUGUGCCAGACUCGAUUGACAGCGCGAUCGAGUUGCGCGUCCCCCUUUGCGCACCGCGCGGGAAACCCGGUGACUCGGACAGCAGGUACGAGGGGUCUGUUUGGCUGGAGGACGAGUUCGACGACGAGUCCGACUCGGACGGCGUCAUCAGGCCCUUGAGCGAUUGCACGUAUAGCGAUUGCUUUGGUUUUGGCGAGGCCAGGCCGGUCAGCCUGAACACGUCCGAGAUCUUCUUGCGGAUCCGGUUGCCAAUCCCCACCACGGCCUCGUCCACCUCCUUGGUGCUGACGGCGAUCUUCAUCUCGUUGUUCCAGUUGGACACGUACUUUCUGGUCUGUGCUCGCGACAGACCUUCCAGGAAGAACGGGUGCUCUUUGAUCUGGGCGAUCUCGAUCCGGUGGUCGGGGUUUUUUUGA